AUGCAACCUGAGUGCCUGCCUUCAAGAUGGCCCCAGGGGAAGGCCCAGAAGAGGAGAAGCCUUCUCAAGGAGCUAGGGGCCUCCCAAGUCAUCCUAGCUCUGCUACACCUGCUCCUUGGGGCUUACCUGGCCUCUGUUGUCAAGAGCCUUCAUGUGGUGACAAUGGGGUGUUGGUACCCCUUCUGGGGGGCUGCUUCUCUCCUCACUUCAGGAAUCCUGGCGAUAGCAGUGGCGAUGUUUGCUAAAGCAUACCUGAAAACGUUGUGCCUGACAAUGAACCUCAUCAGCUUCUUUUGCGUGUUUUGCUGUAUCUUUGUCAUCGUCAUGGACCUCUUUCUGGAGAGCCCAUAUGAAGCGCCAAUCUGGAGCACUUACCCCAACUCCACAGGGAGUGCUCAGACCCUGAGGGUCCUCGGCUCUGCCGAGGGGCUGCCUUGUGCUUGCCUGAGGCCCCGCUGCCGCCGCCACCACCUCCGUGAGCCUUGCAACAGCCUUGCAGAGCUGAGAGCGAACACUGAGGUCCACAUCCAGAGGCUGGAGCUGGCCAUGCUGUGCUUUACCUACUUGGAGCUCUUCCUGCCGGGGCCUACAGCUGUGGUGGCCUGGAGGAUACACCGCCUGUCUGCAGAGGUAGACGACUGGUCCCAGCUUCCCGACCCACCGUUGGCACUCAAUGGUCUAUUAGUGGAGCCCCCACCCUCCUAUAAGGAUGUGUCUCAAGGCAACUAGGAAAAUGAACAAAAGCAGAGAUGCGAGCCGAUUUCCAAGGGACAGUGA